AACAAGAAGUCUACAACACAAAGAACAAGCCUCACUUUGAUGCGUAUCGCAAACAUCGAUAAUUCCAAAAAGCUCCUUACCUUUUCCUUUAUCUUCUCCGCCACUCAUUCCAAUCUUUCUUUCUCUCUCUUCUCCCUCGUCAUCAUCUUCCCCACCCCCCUGCAAACCCUUCUUCUUUCUGCUCAGCCUGAACAUGGCUAUCUCUGACAAUUUGUUUUCUUCUCCCUUAUAGCUCCUCUCCCCAUCUCUUUCUUUGUGAUCAUGCUUCAAAGUCUCCAUUUCUCACCUAACCCUAAUAAUAGUAAUAAUUGUCCCAAUCUCUCUUCUCCUAUGGCUUCCAAGCGCUCUGUGAUUGACCUAGGCGGCGCAGCUGCGGCGGAGACGACGGCGGCGGCGGCGGAGGAUUCUUCGUUUAAGAGGCCUCGUCAUUUGUCUUCCUCCGGCGAUCCUUCUGUUUCCGGCGAGAAGGGGGAGGAAGAGGAGGAGGAGGGGGUUAUGGAUACUGAGUCAACGGGGCUUAGGUUACUGGGCCUGCUGCUACAAUGCGCCGAGUGUGUGGCUAUGGAUAACCUCGAUGACGCUAGCAAUCUGUUGCCGGAGAUCGCGGAGCUCUCGUCGCCGUUCGGCUCGUCGGCGGAGCGCGUCGCGGCUUAUUUCGCCGAGGCACUCUCGGCGCGGAUUAUUAGCUCUUACCUCGGCUCCUACUCGCCUCUCACCCUCAAAUCCCUAACCCUAACCCACUCGCAGAAGCUCUUUGCCGCUUUACAGAGCUAUAACUCCAUCAGCCCCCUUGUGAAAUUCUCGCACUUCACCGCGAAUCAGGCCAUCUUCCAGGCGCUGGACGGCGAGGAUCACGUCCACGUCAUCGACUUAGAUAUCAUGCAGGGCCUCCAGUGGCCCGGAUUGUUCCACAUCCUCGCCUCCCGCAGCCGCAAGAUCCGCUCCAUCAAGAUCACCGGCGUCGGAUCCUCCAUCGAGCUCCUGGAAUCCACCGGCCGGCGACUCGCCGAGUUCGCGACCUCGCUCGGCCUCCCCUUCGAGUUCCGCCCGCUGGAGGGCAAAAUCGGGAGCAUAACCGACCCGAGUCAACUCGGAGUGAAACUCGGCGAGACCACGGUGGUGCACUGGAUGCACCACUGCCUUUACGACGUCACCGGCAGCGAUUUCGGGACGCUGAGACUCUUGACUUUGCUCCGCCCCAAGCUCAUCACCAUCGUCGAGCAGGAUCUGAGCCACGGCGGCAGUUUCCUCGGCCGAUUCGUGGAGGCGCUGCACUAUUACUCGGCGCUGUUCGACGCGCUGGGGGACGGAUUGGGUGCGGACAGCGUAGAGAGGCAUACGGUGGAGCAGCAGCUCUUCGGCUGCGAGAUUCGGAACAUCGUGGCCGUUGGUGGGCCCAAGAGGACCGGCGAGGUCAAGGUGGAGAGGUGGGGGGAGGAGCUCAAACGGGUCGGGUUCGGACCCGUUUCUCUGGCGGGUAGCCCGGCGGCCCAAGCGGGUCUUUUGCUUGGGAUGUUCCCUUGGAAAGGGUAUACUUUGGUGGAGGAGAGUGGGUGCUUGAAGUUGGGGUGGAAGGAUUUGUCUUUGUUGACCGCCUCCGCCUGGCAGCCGUCCGAUUAGAUUACUCUAAUCUCAACCCUUCUUCAAUCCGGCAGCGGAUAUAAAUUGUUAUAAAAUGUAAAGGAGAGGAGGAAGAUAAAGUUUAUAAAAUUGUGUAUUUGUUUAUUUUUGGAUAAUAUUUUUUCCGAAUAAAUACACCAACUCAUUGGGGAGAUUACUUUUC